UUGAGUGGCUGUCUCGGUUCCUGGUCACCCCGGAGGUGCUUUGAGAACAUUCGUAUCUUAUAGGCUUUAAAGUCCGGCUGUACAGCAGUGAGAUUUCCCUUGUUUUUGGCCUGCUCAAGUGCUCUGUGUUACUUCAAAGCCUGCUACCCCAACCUGGAUGGUUUUCAUAGGAGGCUCCCUCGAUCCUGCCUCUUCCUCUUUAUGCAUCUCCACUAUGGUCUGCUCCGACGACCAUCGGGUCUCGGCAGAAGCGCUUCCCUCCCUCCAUCACUGCGGAAGACCAUGAAGCCCGUUUCAUGCCUCCUCCUGGCGACCCUUUUGAGAGCGGUGGUAUCGCAAGCGGCCGAGGAACCGGACACUUACACGGAAUGCACCGACGGUUACCAGUGGGACGCUGAGAGCCAACACUGCAAAGAUGUGAACGAAUGCGAGACCAUUCCUCAUGCCUGCAAAGGGGAGAUGAAGUGCAUCAACCAUUACGGAGGGUACCUCUGCCUGCCCCGCUCGGCCUCCGUGAUCAACGACGUGAACUCGGAAAGGGCUUCUCCCCCCAGCCCGGCGCUGAGGCGGCCCCCACAUGCCAUCCCCCUGCAGAACACCUGCCCUCAGGGCUACGAGCCAGACCGACUGGGGUCCUGUUUGGACGUUGACGAAUGCGAGUACGAUUUGCAUGACUGCCAGCCGAGCCAAGAGUGCAUCAACACGGCCGGCGGCUUCCACUGCCAGUGCCCGGAUGGCUAUCGGAAGAUCGGCACCGAAUGUGUAGACAUCGACGAGUGUCGGUAUCGUUAUUGUCAGCAUCGCUGCGUCAACUCCCCCGGCUCGUUCUCCUGCCAGUGCGAACCAGGCUUCCAGCUGGCCAGCAACAACCGCUCGUGCGUGGAUGUGAAUGAGUGUGAGAUGGGGGCCCCGUGCGAGCAACGCUGCUUCAACACCUACGGGACAUUCAUUUGUCGCUGCAACCAGGGCUACGAGCUGGACCACGAUGGCUUUACCUGCAGAGAUAUUGAUGAGUGUAGCUACUCCACGUAUUUGUGCCAGUAUCAGUGUGAGAACGAGCCGGGAUAUUUCUCCUGCACCUGUCCUCAGGGGUACCAGCAGUUGAGCACCCGUCUCUGCCAAGACAUUAACGAGUGCGAGGCCAGGACCCACCCAUGCACCGAUUCUCAGAACUGCGUCAACUUCCACGGGGAAUACCGCUGUGUCGAGAAAAACCGCUGCCAGGAGCCCUACGUGCAAAUGUCUGAAAACCGCUGCCUUUGUCCAGCCACGAACCCGCUUUGCCGAGACAAGCCGUCCUCCGUCGUCCACCGCUAUAUGAGCAUCACAGCCGACCGGACGGUGCCCUCUGACAUCUUCCAGAUUCAGGCCACCAGCCUCUACCCCGGUGCCUACAACACCUUCCAGAUCCGCUCCGGCAACGAGCAAGGAGAAUUUUACAUACGGCAAAUCAACAACAUAAGCGCCAUGCUUGUCUUGGCCCGAUCCGUCACGGGACCCCGGGAGUUUGUGCUGGACUUGGAGAUGGUCACCAUGAACACGCUGAUGAGUUACCGUUCCAGUUCGGUUCUCCGGCUCACCGUCUUCGUCGGAGCCCAUCCGUUCUAACUGGGCGGAAGAAGGGAGGAGAACAUCUGCCAGGUAUGGAGGGGUGCGGAAGGAAUCGAGAGACGGGAGCCACCUCCUCCUCCCCCCGACUGCUGGGAAAAAGAUGUGGGCUUCGCAUGGGUCCCCCAAAACUUUCCUUAAACCGGCACGCCGACAGCCCCAAGCAAGACCUCUGCCCCCCCACCACCCACAGCUGCAGCCGUCAUGGGACCACUGCCAAGCUAUUUUUUUUCCCAGCAGAAGGAUGAAAAUCCCAAACACAGCGGGGACUUCUGAACCUCGAAGGCAGGAUCCCACUUCUUCUGUCUUUCGGGUUUAAAAGAGAACAAGGCUGACGGAAAUUAGUAAAACUUUUUUUUAAAGGAACUUUC